AUGCUGAAUACAACAAGAACGAGGUAUGCUCUUUCCAAAUUCCACUGCUUCUCUUUGAGAUUCUCUUACUCUCCCUCUGCUUCUGUGUCUUUGAGGUUAUAUUCUCUUCAUUCUCAUAACAUUGAUGAUGCUGUCUCCUCUUUCAUGUCCGCUCUCGCUAAGCCUCAUCCUCCGUCCAUUAUUGAAUUUAAUAAGAUUUUGGGAUCUAUUGUUAAGAUGAAAGCAUACCCUACUGCUUUUUCACUCUUUGCCCUUAUGGAGUCUAAGGGUAUCACUCCUUGCAUUUUUAGUUUGAACAUCUUGAUCAAUUGUUAUUGCCAUUCGGGUCAAAUGGAUUUUGCUUUUUCUGUAUUGGGUAAGAUUAUCAAGAUGGGACUCUGUAUUAAUAGGAAGAUUAGGGAAGCUCUGGAAUUUCAUGACAGGGUAAGAGCAUUUGGAUUUCUUCUUGAUGAGGUUAGUUAUGGGACAUUGAUAAAUGGGUUAUGUAAAAUGGGAGAAGUAAGAGCUGCCGUUGAGUUGCUGCAAAAGCUGGAGAGGCAACCGGUUAGGCCUGAUUUAGUCAUGUACAAUACGAUCAUUGACGGGUUAUGCAAAGAUGGACUUGUAACUGAGGCUAACAAUUUAUUUUCUAAGGCGACUGCCCAAGGAAUUUCUCCUGAUGUAGUCACGUACAAUUCUCUAAUUCACGGUUUUUGCUGUGUCGGUCAAUCAAAAGAAGCAACUCGAUUACUGAAUGAAAUGGUUCAACAAAACAUUAACCCAGACGUAUAUACACUUAGCAUUCUGAUUGAUGCAUUAUGUAAAGAAGGAAGAAUGAUAGAAGCCCAAAGGAUAUUUGAUAUGAUGUUGGAAAGAGGUCCUAAGCCUAAUGUUGUCACCCACAAUGCUUUGAUGGAUGGAUACUUUUUAAUCGAUGAACUGAAUGCGGCAAGAAAGCUAUUUGAUGAUAUGGACAAAAUCGGUUUGACACCAGAUGUUUGGAGUUAUAGCAUUAUGAUUGAUGGGUAUUGCAAAAAUAAAAGGGUAGAUGAUGCUGUUACUCUCUUUAAAGAAAUGCGUCACAAAAAUUUAGUUCCAGAUACAGUAACAUAUAAUUCUGUUAUUGAUGGCUUGUGCAAAUCGGGGAGAAUAACAUAUAUUUUAGAUGAGAUGCAUCAAAAUGGUCAAGCCCUUAAUUUAAUUACUUACUCUAUCUUGUUAGAUGCUCUAUGCAAAGCCCAACACCUUGAUGAGGCAAUUGCAUUAUUUAAGCAAAUUAUUAACAAAGGAAUACGUCCAAAUAUGCAUGCGUACAAUAUUCUUCUGAAUGGUUUGUGCAAAGGUGGAAGACUAAAGACUGCAGAAGAUAUUUUUCAGCAUCUUUUGAUCCAUGGCUAUCGUCUAAAUGUUUGGACUUAUAAUAUUAUGAUCAAUGGGUUCGGUAAACAUGCCUUGUUUGAUGAAGCAACAGCUUUACUUUCGAAAAUGAAAGGCAAUGGUUGCCUGCCUGAUGCUGUAACUUAUGAAACAAUUAUUUGUGCUCUUUUAAAUAAAAAUGAGACAGAAAAGGCAGAGAAGCUUCUCCAUGAAAUGAUCAGUAUAGGCCUACUAAAGAGAGAGAACAAGGAUUCAAUGUCUACUAUUCCCUGGGAGGUGGAACAUAUUCUUGGAAGGGAACUGUGAUCUUCUUGAAGACUAAAUAGUAUCAAAUAAUAUGUACAUUCUCAGUCUCCUUACCAAUGGUGUUUCUUGUCUCUUGAUAUUCUCUAUGAGCUGAGCGCAGGUCUGUGGAAGUUAGCUGUGAACUAAGACAAUUGUUUCAAAGUGGAUAUUUAUUUC